GUUGCAUGUAAAUAAGCUUAUAUCCUCCAUCUAGAAGUCCUCUAAACGGUAUCCCCGGAAUUUCAGGCUGGGGGGCAUGGGGAUAGCAUUGCCCCCCAGCUGCCAGGUCCAAAGCGGGUGCGUUUUGGAGAGGGCACACGAGUCUUUUACGCACAGAGAAGACGCAGGGCACAGAUCCCCGUCGGAGCCGACGACCAACGCGGGUGUACAGGGGAAGGUGCCCAUCAAAGUAAAGGGAUGCCUGGUAGGCGCCAGGCUGGUGUUGAGCAGGCGUUUACAAGGCAGGGUGGGCCCCUUUUUGGUCGUCUUCCUCGGAAGCUUUGGGGGCCUUCCUUUAGCCUGCCUUUCCUGCUCUGUACGCCUGCGUUUACCAUUUCUUUCUAAGUCGCUGCCGCUUUUUAAAGGUUUGUUGGCCAGGCUGAGGAAGCCGGCUUUGGAAGUAGAGAAACUCCCUUUGGCCUGCUCGACCCUGCGUAAACCUUUUCCGUCCAUACUGAAGCCUUUUGCGUAGCACCACAGCUUGGACUGCCUGAUAAGCCUGUCGAAUUGAGCCUCUCUUCCCGACCCUUCCUUGGAGUCCUGUUGGAGACCCGAUUCCUCAGCCUUGUCUGGCUGAUCGACGUGGAGUUGCUCCCUGGAGUUCAAGGACUCAUUCUCCUUGGAGGAGUCUUCACGAUCCUGGACGCACGACUUCGAUGCUUCCCUAAAGCCUCCAUUCUUUGGCUGUGGGCCCUCGCUGGGACGGGCUGGGGAAGCAGGAGAGCUCUUCGCCUCCUGCUUUACGCGAGGCUCCAAGUCUUCAUGAAGCGGCUCCUUUGGCGCGAUGGUAGGAACCGGCUUGAAAGUUUCCAAAGUGGAGGCGCGCAGUGUCCUGGCCCAAAAGAGUAGGUUCGGGUCGGGGCGCAGAGCUUUGACUAUGCCGGGGAGGGCUUGGGAAGCGGCAGGUUGGGAUGGGAUGCGGGGAAGGGCCGCCUGUCUGUAGCGGGUGCUUUGCACCGAGUCUCCACUGCACAAGGAGCUGCUUUCUGACCCUGAGGAGCUGCCUUCUUCGCUGCUGCAAGACGAUUCCUCCUCGUCCUCCUCGUCCUCCUCUUCUGAGGAGUCGCUGGAGGUUGCCAGGCAGGACGCACCGCUGGAAUCCGAGUCGCUGGAGUAGCCGGCCGACGUCCCUUGCCUCUUGGAGCCGGCGAAAGAUGCCGAGCGACCCUUCUCCUUGGUUAGGCAACCGCAAGCUGAGCGCUUGGUGUGUCCAGCGUCUGGCUCGCUAGGCGGUUGAGCGGUUCCGUGCGCUCUGACCGCCGAGUGGAGGAGCUGCAAGUCACCGGGGUAAGCGCUCAGGACGCCGGCCAAGAGCUGGCCUCUGCUGCUCCGGUUGUAGCUUUUUGGGAGCGGCGCGUCUUUCUCGUAUGCUCUAGCAAAGGGACCCCCUAAGAGCGCAUCCCGCUUGGCACAGCCGGCACCCACGUUGGCGCGAAAGGCGCUGUCGGAUGCGCUGUAGGCGGGAAGUAACCGGGGCCGAUCGAACAGGUCUCUGGCGUCCCUCCUCUUGCUUUUCCUCUUCCUUUUCCUCUUCCUGGGGGCUAGGGCCUUGCAAGAGGUGCAGAGGGCCUCUAGGUCCGUCUUGGAGAUGAGCGAACACUUGACGGCGCGCAUCGGCACGGACUGGAUGGCUUUGAGGGUGCGCAGCUCCUUCAGGUCGCAUCGGCGGCUCUGGAUCUUGAGGCUUUCCAUUUUUUUGCUCACGGUGGCACGGGGGAUGUCUUUAAAAAGGUCGCUGAAGACCUGUGUCAAAGCGAACAUCCGCGUGCCGUUGAUCUGCAGGUAACCCAAAGUGAUGCCGUCGAUUUCCUGGUAGCCAGCUUGGAAAUCUCCAUUGUAAUCCAUGGUGGCGGCGGCAGGAACCAUCCCGCAGGUCUAUGUACAUUCAUGCAUGUGUUUUUUGGUGGCUGUGCAUUCUGCUUCACUGUCAGGAGACCGUCCUUUAUUUGAAGGCAUCUUUUAUUUGAAGGGCUGUCCCAGUCAUGUGCAAUUUAAAGACGAAGAACCCCAAGAAGACAGAGCAAGCAGGGCCUCUCACAGUGAGAGCAUGCUAUGGAAUUGUUCAGGUUCCCACUGGACCAUGGUUUUGUCGAAAAUGUGAAUCUCAAGAAAGAGCCGCCAGGGUGAGGUGUGAGCUGUGUCCCCAUAAGGAUGGAGCGCUGAAGCGGACUGAUAAUGGAGGCUGGGCCCAUGUCGUCUGCGCUCUAUACAUCCCCGAGGUGCAGUUUGCUAAUGUUCUCACCAUGGAGCCAAUCGUCCUCCAGUAUGUGCCCCACGACCGGUUCAACAAGACUUGUUAUAUCUGUGAAGAGCAGGGCAGGGAGAGCAAAGCAGCCUCUGGAGCCUGCAUGACGUGCAACCGUCACGGCUGUCGGCAAGCCUUCCAUGUCACCUGUGCUCAGAUGGCUGGACUCUUGUGCGAAGAAGAAGUCCUAGAAGUUGACAAUGUGAAAUACUGUGGCUACUGCAAAUACCACUUCAAUAAAAUGAAGACAUCACGCCAUUCUGGAGGUGGUCCUUUCAUCACCGGAAGGAGGAGCCGGUCGGCGUCACCUGCUCAAGAGAAGCAUGUGUCCCACCAUGAGAAACCAAAGAAGAGUCGGAAGGACAAGGAAAGGCCUAAACAGAAGCACAAGAAGAGUUCGGAAUCUCCCACAAGUCUCACGCUGUCCUCCACUCCCGUUGUCACCGAGAAGCAGAGUUCCACCAACCACCAUGAGAGCAGUAAAGAAACCUCGGAGGUCAUCAGGUCGGAGGUGAAAGGCAAAAAGUCUUCAAGCCAUGGCACAAGCCACAAAGCCAAGAAGUCAGGAAGUGGGAAAAGCUCAGCAGGUUUUGGCUCAUCCUCUUCUAGUGGGACAUUUACACCUGCAGGCACCUCAUGCAGUUCCUUGCCCUUCUCCCAGGACUUUGUAACUUUCCCGAAGCUGGAGCAGCAGCAGCCCGAGGAAGAGAAAUACCGCAAGCCCAUCUCUUCCUCCUCGUCUUCUGCUCAUUGCUCCCCAUUGUAUGAAGGGCAGAAAAGCGACGUCUUUGAGCAAAAGGUGAUCUUCUCAGGCUUUGGCUCCAUCAUGCGCUUCUCAACCUCGGCUAUCAGCCAGCAGAGGGGUCGUGAUGCUUCCCCUGUGGACUACAAGGUCUCAAACUCUGUUGGGGGCACCUCAGGAGGGAGUGGCACUGGCGGCAGCGGGAGCAGCCAUAAGCGGAUGCCAUUCCUCAACAUGGAGGAGGGGGAAGUCCUGAAAGAAAAAAAGCACAAGGCCAGCAAGAAAAGCAAACAUGGACCAGGGAGGCCGAAAGGUAGCAAGAACAAAGAAGUCCCAGGUGCCCAGCUGGUUGGGUCGACGGCUACCUCCUCUUCACCCUUCUCUGGGGGGUCCCUGGUCAGCUCCAGCAUUGGCGGAUCCUCUCGGAUUUUCAGCCAUGUGGCAACCCUUCCAAGCCUCAGUCUGGAAUCCCCACUUCUAGGAUCAGGGAUCUAUACAAGUAACAAGGAUCCCAUUUCGCAUGGGGGUGGGGUACUCCGGACCGUGUGUAGCACUCCUCUCUCCUCCAGCCUUCUGGCUCACCAAGGCACUUCGUCACUUCCCCAGCUCACCCGCUCUCCCUUUGCUAGCACCAUCCCAACGGCCUCCUCUUCCUCCGUCUCCACUACCCAGGUGUUCUCAUUGGCAGGAUCUACAUUCAGUCUCCCUCCCUCACACAUUUUUGGAAGCCCUCUCACUUCUGGGCUGUCAAUCAAUCCCUUACUGAACCAAUCUGAAAGCAACCGGGCAGAACCAGAUUUGGAAGACUGUAAUUUUGCCUGCCGAGGGUCAUCCCCCCAAGAAAGUCUUUCUUCCAUGUCCCCCAUCAGCAGCCUUCCCACACUCUUUGACCAGACGGUAUCGACUAGCAGCGGGCAGCUGGAAAAUGUUCCCCAGGCCACACCAAACAUUGAGCAGCUCCUGGAAAAACAAGGCAAUGGGGAAGCCGGCGUUAACAUUGUAGAAAUGCUCAAGGCACUUCAUUCGCUGCAGAAAGAGAAUCAGCGUCUCCAGGAGCAGAUCAUGACUUUGGCAGCUAAAAAGGAGCGCUUGCAGCUUCUGAAUGUCCAGCUCUCUGUCCCUUUCCCAGUGGUGACCACUGGCAAUGGCCCUGCAGGCCAGGCUCACUACAUCCUGGCCUCCACCGCGUGCAACAGUGACUCUCUGAGUGUCAGCAAGAGCCCACCCUGCAAGAACAGCUUUGGCAUUGAGAACUCACUCUCCACUUCCUCCGAGGAUCCUCACUCAGGCUGCCCAAGCAGAAGCAGCUCCUCCCUCUCCUUCCACAGUACACCUCCCCCACUGCCCUUAUUGCAACAGAGUCCCGCCUCUCUCCCCCUAACAACUGGGAUGCAGCACCAGCAGCCCCCAGUGAAUGGUUUGGCCAGGGCAAUGGGGACUGUCCAUGGGGGAGGUGCCCUAGCCAAUCACAGCCUGGUGGAUGGUUUGCUCGGGAGCCUGGCAGGAGGACAGCAAGUACCCAUCAACGGCAUCCUAGGAGGUCUGAAUGGAGCAGUGGCCACCCAGACACAGAAUCCCCUCUUGGCACAAAGCAGCGGCCCCCCAAACCUGCAGCUCUCCACCAGCCAAAGCAGCCUGCCCAGCACGAGCCACCUGACCGAGCAGCAACAGCAACUCCUCAGCCAGCCCGAGUUCCAGCUCCAGCAGCUGCAGCAGCUCUUGACAUCACAGCCGCUCAACCCAGAGCAGCAGGCUUUAGUUUUCCAGAUGAUUCAACAGAUUCAGCAGAAAAGGGAGCUGCAGCGGCUCCAGAUGACUGGCUCCUCCCAGCUGCCUAUGACUGGCCUUGGACCCGCUACCUCCACAUCCCUCCUCCACUCCAACAACCCUGCAGCAUCUGCCGCCAACAGCACCCUCCUGGCCUCUAUUUCCCCUCAACAGCUUCAUACAGCCAGUUCCUUGAUGGCUUCCCCGACACUCAGCACCCCUGGGAACAGUUUGAUGUCAGCUGCAGCAGCGGGAUCUAUCCCUCCUGUCCUCACUGCACAAACAAACCCUUUCCUCAGCCUGCAGGGUGACAGCAGCAGCCAGAAAGGAAUGAGCAUGAAUGAAAAGGGAGGUGCCCCAGUUCAGGACAAGGGCUAACUUUGGCAAUACUGGGCUGCUCUCUGCCAUAGGAAAGCAAUCUCUCCCUGAGCCACAGAUCCCGAGACGUAGAGCAACCGCACACAAGACUUCCAGGAAAGUCUUCCUGCCACGGGCGGAGCAGUGCCACGCGGAGGUGCGUCAGAAGUCUACGUUCCUUGGUUCUGAACCCGUUGUUCCGAGCCCUUCCAAAGGAGGCAGGCUGAGCAAACACCCGUCUCCCUUACAGGCCUCGCCUACUGUCGCACUUAUUUCACGAGAAGUUGCACUUCAAGGGGAAAGGGCGAAGCAGUCUGCUUAUCCGAUACCUGAGGAUACUCCCUCAUGGGUGGGAUCAACUAGCCGGACUAUGGCCGCAUUACCCUGGAAGUAACGUUAUCUUUGCAGAGCAGAGCAUUUUCCAAACCAGGGCUAAGGAAUCCAGCAAGCCAUUCGGCAGCAGAGAUAUCCAUCCACAGCAACAGGGUGGACCUUUUGAGGUGUCUGAUGCACAAGAGGGUAAGAUUGGAACGGCAUUAGUUGGAAACUCCCCACAUGCAUCCUACACUGAGAGUUUCGCUCCCCCAAUGUCUUCAAAAGUACACAUGGAUGUGGCUUCAUACAAUGCUUCUGCUGGGAGGAAAAAAGCCACUCUCUUCUCCCAAAUCUCCCACAGUGAGUCACCUGUCUUAAACAUCGGCCUGAAGGAAAUAGGCCCUCACUUUCAUGUUUGAAUAAGACUCUUCUCUUCCUCACCUUUAGGAGCCUUUAUAGGUGGCCUACAAUAAGAAGGUCAAUACAAAUAAUCAAUGUUUGCCAUUGAGAUGCUUUCCAACCACUCAGAAGUAUCUUUUUCUACUCUAUCAGACCCGCCACACCAAAAAGGCAGGAAGGGGGCUUCGUCUAAGGGCAGGAGCUGUUCCUUCCAUCUCCACAAUAGCUCCAUUCUGGUAUAGAACAUCUUCCUUUCAAACUGAAAGCCUUAGGCUUAAAUCAGAUCCUAGCUGAUGAGAACAUUGGUCUUCCCACCAGUGUAAGCCCUCCUAUCUCCCGUUUGUAACCGGAAGCCUCAGCUCCGUUCCUUCCUACCUUCAAGAUUUCUUUUUCUUUUUUCUUUGAGGAUGUUGUGAUGAGUCCCUGAUGGGGAUCAGGGUCAGAUGUCCUGAGGAAUCCCACACAGCCUGGUCUUUGCUGGAUAAAUUUAGAUUUUAUAAGGGGCAAGAUUUCAGGAGACUGAAACACAGAGGGACUUCCAUGCCUCCAUGGAUAUACGCUCAUUGUGGGCAUAUCCCAGCCACCUCUUCCAAUUUGCACUAUUUUCAAACAUUGGUGAUGGGGAUGCAUUGAUGACCCUAGAAAUGACCACUGUGGUUCAAAUUCAUCUCCUCCCCCCUCCCGCGGUAUGUUUUCUUUUUGGUUUUGUUUCUUGUUUUCCUUUUUGAAACUAGAAGAAAAAUGCCUACUACACAGAUGAACUACACACUUGAAAGAGAAAAUAUUGAAGCAACUUUUCAGGAUUUCAUCUUUUGGUUUCUUUGUUUCAUUUUACCCAGAAAGAUGUACCUGGCUCCACAUUUUGAAUGAGUGAGUGAGUGAUGUAGGGGGAGGAAUUGUGUGUGUGUGCACGCUUUUUUAAAAAACCAGAAUGCUACUGGAAGCUGACAUGAGCUGCAGCUAUUCCAAAUGGAAACCAGGAAGCUUCCCAUCCUGGCAGCUUUGGCACUAAUAAAGGAGCAGCUAGAAAAAGGAAUGAUGCUUGACAUUCUCCCCACCUCUUCCGCAGAGAGUUAACAAAACUAAAAGACAGAAACCUCCAUGAACCUGAUGCACUUGUUGUUUAGACAGUAGACUCACCUUUGAAAGGCAUCCAGACCAGCACUUCUCCCACAUUCCAAUUCAGUUUUGUCUUUCACUACCUUUGUGGUAUGAAUCUUCUGAGCCUCUAUCCAAUUGCCCACGUGGGACCUUGGAUUGCAGUUCUUAAAAUUAUGUUUUUUUUUAAAGAAAGCAAUUGCACAGAUCAGUUGUUUGGUGCAGAGUGGGAACUGGGGGAAAGAUUAUACCCAGCCCUUUGCUCCCCCUUCUAAACAACUGGUCGGUGCUGUCUGCAGACAUCUGAUUGGGGCUAGGUCUGUGCAAGCAGACAACUGGAUUGGGGAAGCAGCUGCCUUGGCAACACCUGUAGAGUUCCUCAUCCAUGCCCUCUUAGCUGGAUUGGGGGUAUAUAUUCUUCUCAACCAUCCUCACCUCCUCCUGGACUUGUAGGUUUGACGUUUUUAUGUUUUCCAUCAAUAAAUGCUGGAUUUGCACAACUGCAACCAUAUACUCACUCCCAACUAAAUUUGAUGCCGUAUCCAGGGGGUGGGGAAGUGGCUGUGUUGAGCUUCCACUAAACAAGGCAAGUGAAUAAGCACACAAGUGAAAAUAGUAGGCAGACGCAAGGGGGAAAAUUCAUAAUAAAAAAUGUUUUAGAAAAAAGAGGCUGUGAAAGCAGAAGGGGGAAGGGAGAAGUGUUUGCUGGGCAGAAGAACAGCAAAAGGUUUCUAUCCAUUUAGAGAUGUCUGUACCUCUUUAAUGAUGGCCGAACUAAAUGACAUUACAAGAAAAAAACAUGGUUCCCCACCCCCAUAUUUCGCUUGUAACAUUAAUGCAGGGGGAGGGGGCAUGUGCAGAAGAGAAUUGACAGGCACAAGGGGAUUGCUUAACCCUUUUACUGUCAAAUUUCCCCCGCAAUGAAACAAGCAAACAAAAACAGCUGCUUUUUUAGUGCUUUUCUCCAAGCUUCUGAUAACAAACGCCACUGCAGAGAAAACGUGUGUGCGUGUGUGUGCGCGCGUGUAUGCGCGCACGCAUUUGAAAGGGUGAAUUGGCAGUCAUGAGAAGGCUUAAGCCUGCCCUGCAAAUGCCCCCCCCUUACCUACCUCUCCAUUUGUGUGAGCUGGCAGACACGUGCUUAGGAAACGUGCCAGUUGACUAGUUGGAGACUGAUCCAUUUUAUUUGUGGGUAAAUUUUGGGCUCGUGUCAGUGCACCCUUGUGUGUGUGCGUGGGAAAUCCCGCAUUCACUCCAUUGCACUUUCAAGCACAUUCAAGGGUUAUGUGCCGAAAUCUAACCUCACUGUCUCCUUGCUGUCCCUUAAUGAUUUUGUGGGAUGUGUUUCUCCUCAAAGCCUUUCCCCAGCCCUAUGUUAUCUUAAGGAAUGCUACUGGCCUAACAGAACUUGUCAUCCACCAGGCCCAACACAACCCACCAGCCAUAAUUUGUGGCUUCAAGUGCUCACCUGGAAGUGGAAGGCGUUAUCAAAUCCCAGGGGGCCACCAUACGUGGUUGUUGGGUCACAAGUUACACAGCCCCUGGAAUAAUAUUGGUACAUCCUUUAAAAAAUCAUAAUCUACCCUUUGGAUUGCAUGGGUUGAUCUGAAAGGAACUAAUGAAUGGAUAGAUGGUGCUGCCUUUCGGGCAGCUGAUUAAGACUAAAGGGGCAUUCCAUCUAGGGUUUGGUGAUUCUAGAUGUGAACUUGUCCUGGCAGGCAAAAUUAGCCUAAAGGGGUGUCAGUGCAGAACUUUUCUGUGGAGGGACAUGCAUUCAAGUAUGCCAGUUCUGACCAUUUGAUCACUGCAAGCCAUGCAGCACCCCCUCUGAGUCCCAAGGAAUAGCAUGCUCAAGUCAAAACAGUGAAACCCACUUGGUGGAAGGAUGCACACAACCCUGCCGAAAUGUAGCACUUUGCUUACCAUUGCUGCUUAUCACACUUGAGGUCAGAUGCUCAGCUGCCGACCUGGCAGUGCAUAUUGUCCAUGUAUUCCACACAGCCAUGAUCAUGUAAACAGCCGUGGUGUUCUCUGUCAGCAUCCUGAGGAGUCCAGCUUCCAUUCCUUAGCAAAGCAGAUUUCUCGCACUUUAAGCUGACAAGAUAGGCCUGAAAAUGUCCGGGUGGUGCUAAUUGAUGUCUUGAAUACCAGAGAGGGAAGUUGACCAGACUUUUCAUGGUCAAAUGAGUGGGGCAUUAAUGGUCUGGAUAACUCCUUUCUCCUCACCAUGAAUAGCAGAAGGAGAACUGGGGUGUAUGUAUUCAAGUACAUUAUUUGGUCAGUGGAACAUUUGUGGAAUUGCACUAGGCACGUUUUGUUUAAAUAUUCAGUCUUUCCCCAAGGCCUGAACUGGGGGAUAUGAUUCUGCAUGUUUGGAGGCAGACGCCUCUGUGCCAUGCUGAUCUCUUUCAAAAUUGAAGGAUUUUUUUUUAAGGCACUAAGCAGAUGUUAGAUUGGAUAAACUUGCAAGCAGUACUUUAAAAAAUGAGAGAGAGGCAAAAAGUUCACCAAAGCAUAAAGAGAAAUCCAAGGCAAGUUAAUCAGGGUUUAAUUCACUGAUCAAUAUGUCUGCCAAAAGAAUUUGAAAAGGAAUGUCAGAGUUGGGCUUGCUUCAUACGAAAAUGAACUGUGUUCAGUUCCCUUUAUAAAAUCCAUCUGUGCUCACGCUUGGUUAUGCAAAUAGCUACGUUCUAAUUUUCUUGUCUUGCAUAACCUAUUGAGGUUGCAGAGUCAUGCGGGGCAGACCAUUUUGUUUCUAGGAAAGUCACAAUCUUCGAACUGCGGUUAGACCUGGAAAUUUGAUGGGAGAAUGCUCCCUGUCUUUACCAAUCCUUGGAAUCAGAGUAGAUCCCAAGCUAAAAUUGAGGGAGAGAAAGAUGUGGAGGUCAAGGGGGGGGGAAGCCAGCAUUUACUUAUUUUUGGCAUCCUCCAAAGGCUCCCGCUCCCUUUUUUAAAUGUUAGCUCAGUUCAACUCCAUCCAGUCUGUUUCAGACACAGUGUUUUCUCCUACAAAACUGGUCUGUUUUGGAUGCGACUUUCUAUGAAAACGAGUCAAUAACAUCUGUAUUAUCUUCACUUUUGAAUGGUUAAGUUAGGGUUGGUCAGCAACUGUUGCUCUUGGCCAAAAGUUUUAACAUCCCUAUUGUCAAAAUUCGGCUCUCUCUUCCAUUAAUUGAGACAAUGUUCAAGAUGCAGCCCUACCAAAGUACAGCAGUAGAUUAGGGGUUUCCCAUUAACCUACUAGGACCAUCCUUUCCCCAGCAAAUUGCCACCCAGGAGGUGAUCUCACUCUCUUAGGGUCCACAUGCCCCAUUUGAACUUGUCCGCAUGUGCCUUUUAAGAUGGAUCGACAAAGAUCCUUUCAACAGCAUAUUGAUUUUGUAACAUGCAUGUAGUCAGAGAUGUAUGUUUAUCCAAGGGCACAACUGCAUGUUAGUUGUUGAUUAACAAACAGUUGCCGAAUUGGUAACCAAUCUCAACCAUGGAGCUCGGUUUGGUCCAUUAGUCAAUAAUAAAACAAUAUUAGAGAUACUGUUUGCUUGCACCGAAUAACUUUCUGGUGGUUUUGAGCCCACAUGGGUGCCUGUUCCCCCGCCCCGCACCUUCUGCUGCCUGUGAAGGGCACUGAAAAGGCAUUGCCCCAUAUUAUUUCAUAGAGGGUUCAUAUAUCAUUUAAAAGUCAAAGCGAAAAGGCCUGCUGGAUCAGACUAAGGAGUCCAUGGAUUCCAACAUCUUGUUUCCAGCACUGACCAGACAGCAGCCCAUUCUCCCCGGUUCUUUGCUCUUUAGCAACAUAUUCAGAGGCAUGCUAACAUGGAAGCUCCACUGAGAUCCAUCAGUAGUAGUAUUAGGCAUAGUAGCUAUUAUUCCAUGAAUUUGUCUUGCUUUUCCCAACCUGGUGCCUCCAAAACAUUUUGAACUACAACUCCUUAUCAGUCUCAGUAUGGUGAAUGAUUAGGGAUAAUGGGAGUUGUAGUCUGGAGAACAGGAAAUUUGGGAAGGCUGAGUUUGGCUGACCACCUUUCAAAUGCCAUCUAAGGUUGUGGUCAUCAACACAUAGCAGUGAAUUCUGUAGGUUGCUUUAGUGUUGUGUGAACAAGUACUUUCUAUCACCAAUCAAGAGUUAUGAGAUGGAGGAAAAUUUUGAUUCACAUCCAUAACAUUCCAAAUUUUAUGAGAUGGAUUGGGAUGUUGGUGCUAGUGAAGAGACUAUUUACUCUUCCUUCACCCCAGUGUUUUCCUGAUCUAAAUAGUCCCUCCUCAACUUACUUUCCCUCUUACAGAAAACAUACAAGUAUCCCUUGUGCUUUUCCACAUCACAGUUUACUGGUGUUUAUCUUCCCAAAAGGAGCAAAUAGUAGCUGGGUAAUGAUGUGGAGUGUACUCUUUCAGAAGUCGGUCUUAUUGGGUUCAACAGGACUUACUCCCAGAUUUUUCUGUUGAGGGUCACAUUCCUUAGAGGGUAAUAUGUCAGAGGCGACAUGGCAGCAGUGGGUGGAGUAGUGCCAAAAGUGGGUGGAGCAUUCUUUCUCUCUGCCAGAAAUUAGGCUGACAUGAGAUUAGACCAAGGGGAACAUGCAGUCCUGGGGGUACAAGUUUCCCACCCCUGGUGUGUAGAUUUGCCGCUUUAGUUCAGGCAAGUGAUAUGUGUCAGAGCAGAGGAGGGAAAGGUUAACCCCCUCUUGUCAAGGGCUAUAUUUCCAAUCUAAUCCCACACCCACACUGGCUCCUUUUUUAAAAAAAAUAGCUGGGUGAUAACAUAAAAAAGGGCUCUGCUGGACCAGGCCAAAGGCCCAUCUAGUCCAGCAUCCUGUUCUCACUAUAGCCAACUAGAUGGCUAUGGAAAGGCCACAAGCAGGACCCGUGUAUAAUAGAGUUCACCCUACUCCCAGGAACCAGUAUUCAGAGACAUACUGCCUCCAACAGUAGAGGAAGACUUCAUGUGGUAGCCUUUUUAAGCCUCAUCCUCCAUAAAUUUGUCUAAUCAUUUAAAGUCAUCCAAGUUGGUAGCCAUCACUGCAUCUGAUCACGGAUCUCUAUCACUUAGUUUGGUCAUUAGGCACCUCUCUUUUUUAUGACUUAAAAAUGCUUCAGUCUUUUCUCAUAGGGAAGGUGCUCCCUCAACCCCUCAGUCUUUUGGAUUGCCCUUUCUGCAUCUUUUCCAGCCAAAGCACAUAUCCAGCAAACUUGCGCAUCAGGAAUAGGGUCUCAAGAAAUGAAACUGCCUUGAAAUCCUAACUGUCAAAAAGCUAACAGGCUUUAAGAGCCAUGGGUAAAAAGUUACGUUUAAAAGGAGACUGGCCUUGGUGCUUUAAAAAAGCACGGGGGCAGAGCAACAAAAUAUUUUUCUUGGCAGAAAAAGAACAAAAAUUAAAUUGGGGGUGGGUGGAAUGAGUACGUUCCACGUUUGGUUGCACUGGGGUAUAUGGCUUUAUACCCAUCUUUUGAUGCUAAUGUCUCAUUUUAGUACAUUGCCUGUGUCUAAUGUCCCCUCCCUCCUUGGUGGUUGUUAUUUUUAAUUAAAUAAGAGGAAAAGAUGUAUAUAUUUUUGGCAAUUAAGGUAAUGUAGCUAAGAUAUAUUUUUUCAUGCUGCUUGACUGUUCUUUAAGAUAAUAAAAUUAAUAUCAAAGACAUAAAAAAGCCAGAAAUAUGAUGAUUAAACUGGGGGGGGGCUUUGCCUUUCAAAUAUAACUAAGCACAGAGUGACAGUAUGGGAAUGGGUGAGUGACCCCCCCCUUUUUAAUGCAGGAGGUGGCUAACCCUGGUGCCCUUCAGGUGUGAUUGGACUCCAGAUAUCAUCCUGGAGCACUGCCCAGGCUAGCAGAGGUGGAUGGGAGCUGAAGUCCAACAACAUCUGGAGGGCCCCAGGCUAACCACUCCAGUUUUAAAAUGAGCACUGAUAAAGGUGUUGGGUUUCACCAACUGUGUCCAAAUGUCUGUGUUAGAAAAUGUCAGCAGAAUGCCUGCCUAGAAAGGAAAUGGGAAUGGGAGGAAGAGGCCCCAAUCCAGCAAAGAAGACCAGGGCAAUUUGUUAAGACAGGUGUGGGGGACCUGUGGCUUUCUAGAUGUCAGCUUUAAUCAUUUGCCAUGGUGGCUGGGGCUAUUGGGGUCCAGCAACAUCUGGAGGGCCACAGGUUGCCUGUUCUUGUGUUAAGCUAUAGAAAGCAGAAGUGAUGAUUUAAAAAGAAAAUAACCAAAAGUCAUUCCAGUGCACGUUGAGCUGGCAAGGCUUUUCAUGAAGGAACUAUACCUUAAAAAAAAAAGCCUGUAUAUAAGCAAUCUCUUUUUAAUAAUGAUUUGUAUUGCUUUUCUGCAAGCAGGUAUCUUCCAGGAAGAAAGGCAUUUACAACUCUGUACACCUCUAUGUGUAGUAAAAAUUAAAGGCUGUACCUGUUACUAACCAAAGAAAAAUCAAAAAGAAAGUGAUUUUAUAAUUUGGGGUGUCAGUCAUAAUUAUUCUGCAUUGCUGUGAUGUGAUUCUUGCUACAUAGACACUUGAGUCCAGUUGGGAUCCUUGACGUACCCAUUUCCAGGAAACAGCUUUUUCUCCCCGGCUAUGGAGUACUCUCCCAAGACACAUAAAAAGCAAAGGCAGCUAUGUUGUUGCUCCAUAAAGCUCCAAAAUCUACAGCUGGGAAAUACUUUUAUUAGGAUCAACCAAAAAUACUUUUAUUAGGACCAACCACAAAAUAACAGCAAGCUUUAGUUCUCCAGAACUCUUCAUCAGGUGAGAUGUUACACACAGCCAGAGGUUCUCGAGAUCUACAGUGCUAUCUGUUCAGGGCCAGGCAAAACCCUUUUCAUAAUGUAAGUUCCUGUUUAAAUUGUCUCUAUGCUGCUUUUAUAUGCUGUUGUCUGUUUAUUUGCUCUGAUGAUGCUGUACUUUUACUGAUUGUAUUUUGUUGUAUUUAUGUGGUGUCAAGCUGCCCUGGGAGGGGAAAAAAAUCUUUGGGGAAGGCAGGAUAUAAUUUUGCCAACUAAUAAAUAAAUAAUUUCAAGCCUUGGCAAUUGGAACUGUUAGAUUACUUUUGGAUUGCUUUUUUAAAAUAAAGAUUCUUUUUCAAUACA